AUGGUGUCCAAUGGCCCUGAAGUUGUGUGGGAGGUGGUGCAUACCAGCUGCCCGGUGCGAUCAGAGCCUCACUUUGAUGCGCGGGUCUUGAGCUGGAAGCGGAGAGGCCAGCAGGUUAUCAGCAGCGAGAUGACCACUGACGGCUGGCUGAAGAUUUCAGACGGCCGCGGCUGGAUGCUCUCAGACCUGCAGAUGAAGGGCAUUGGCGCGCUGCUGCAGCCCCGGCGCGGCCAGGACAUUCUCUUAGCGAUUGAAGAACCUCAGACACAAGGCAUUUGCUGCAUGGAGGUGACCUUCGCCCAGGUGGCAGUCAGGGCUUCCCCGAGUCGGGAUGCCAUCGCCCUGUGCUACCGCCGCAAGGGCGAAUUGGUCUUCGCGCGGUCGCUGAACUUCUCCGGGUGGCUGAAGUUGGCCGGCGAGGAGGGCUGGAUGCUAGCCUUCGCUCCGGAGCAUGGCACGCUGCUGCAGCCCCGUGAAGAGGAUCCCCAAGUGGACCUCUGGGCGGUGGCGGAUCUUUGGACAGCGGUGCGUCGGAAGAAGCGCAUGCUGACUCCGGCAGAUUCGAAGUCGCUGAAGGAUGCAGAGGAAGGCACGAAGCUCAUGGCCAGCAUGGACUAUGAGCACCAUGUGUCCACGGGCAAUGCAGAACCCUUGGUGGAGGAUGGCUUGCUGAAGAAGGAGGAUUUGGGUCGCCCGGAAGAAUGGGUUCGGCAGCGCUUGUUUGCCCAUUCGCUCGUGCGCAUGGCCAAAGAAGAGCCUCCCUUUUGCGACGUUUGCCCUCCAGACUUCAGGCUUACACCCAGGCCUUUGCCCAAGGAGUUGUUCGAGUCCAUGGUGCUGGCGGAGGUUCAGGGGGAACCAGGGGCGCCCACCAGCAGCAGCAGCAGCACGGCACGGAAGCCGCAGCAACCGCCGCCGCCGCAGGAGCGCUUCAAGGAGCGCCAGCUGCCCCGAGAACCCUUGCCGCGGGCAGGAGGCCAUCACAUCGGAGGCGCAGGCCGCAACGGGCGAGACUUCUCUUUGGGCGGCACAUCGAAGCCCAGCAAGGGCAAAGCUCGCGGAGGCAGCAAAGGCGGCUAUGGCAAAGGCAGCCUUGGCGGCUUUGGCAAAGGCGGCAUGGGCGGCUUUGGCAAAGGCGGCUUUGGCAUGGACUUGGGCAUGGGCGGCAUGGGCAUGGAGACUGGCGUGGUUCCUGUGGAGAUCAACGGCGAAGAAUUCCUAAUGACGCAGGAAGGCCUCGUUUUUGACCCGGACACGCAGGCGCCCAUCGGAUUGUUCAACCCGCAAACCGGCGAGGUGCAUGAGAUCACCGAGGAACAUGUAAAGAACCUGAUGGAGAACAUCGGGCAGGUCGGCAUGGUGGAGCUCAACGGCAGGCCUUACAUCCUCAUGGCUGGCCUGCUGGUGGAUCCGCAGACACAGGCGGUGGCUUUCAAAGUGGAGCCCGACGGCACCGUGGUUGACGCCCAAACCGGCGAGCCCUGCGGCAUGCUGGAUUUGAAUGAUUUGUCGGGCGAGCCCCAACUGGUGCCAAGCAGCAAGCAGCCAAACCAGCCGAGCCGGGCGAGCCAGCCCUUCACCGAUGAGAAUCUGGAUGCUCAUGGCUGGGCUGAAAGGGCGAGAGAGCUAGCUGCUGACGACUACUUCUACCAGGCCGCAGCGGCCUUCGGUGAGGCCCUGAAGUGCUGCGAGGACGAGCGGGCAGUGGAGCUCGACUUUGAGUGCGAACUCCUGAAGGGGAGGGCCUUCUGUUGGAGGUUGCUGAUCUGGGCCCAGGAAGAUGAAGAGAAAGGCAACGACGCAAUGACCAUGAGAUUUGGCACGGUGAGGAACCUCACUGCCGGCAGCGGGGAGGCCGCCAGCCAAGCGAGAAAGAGCAAGGGCGGCGACUACGUUCUGCUGACGGUGCAAGAUGAGAAUCAUCAGCCUAGCAACCAGGGCUACCUGCACAUCUACAGCGGUUGCAGCGAGACUUGCGAGGACUGCUAUUCAGGUACUGGCCAAGUGCUACACCCGGUGUGGCUGCCCAGCAUGUGCGGGACUACAAAUGACCAAUCUGUGUUUGGCUUGCUGUACAACCCUGGAGACGGCAGUGCCGACACGACAUUCAACUGCGUCGAGUCCUUGGACCAGUACUGGGAGCAUGCGUCCUCCAAUGACCUUUUUGCCACCAUUAUGCGAAUAUCAAUCUCCUGUCUAAUAGUGCUUGUCGUUAUCACCCUGGGCUCCUUCAUUUACUUGCGCAUUUGCAAGGCGGAGCCGAGCUCUUACGGCGACGGCUUCGGCAGUUACCGCGGCCAUGCCCGAGUCCGCGGCGCAGACAUUACCCGGGAGCAAGUGGAAGCCUGCCUUCCAGAGGUCCAUGUGGACGAGGAGGCAACCUGUGCAGUGUGCCUAGACACCAUCCAACCACGAGACUCAGCCCGGCGGCUGAAGUGUCAACACGAAUUUCACUCAGAUUGCAUUAUCUCCUGGUGCACCCAUCGGGCACAGCGAGUGCUGGAAUGCCCGGUGUGCCGCAGCAAGACGCCAUUGCCCGGCCAGGCUGACGAUGAGCACCAGGAAGCGACGCCCCAGGUGAUCGGGGGAUGGCGAGAUUGGGGGCAGAAGAAUGAGUGUGAUGGUGCCCGUUGCCGGGCGUGGCAGAGGGUUUGA